GAAAACCCCAGCGAGGAGGACGCCGCCAUCGUCGACAAAGUCCUCUCCAUGCGGGUGGUGAAGAAGGAGCUUCCAUCGGGCCAGUUGGUCGAAGCCGAAGAGUUUUUCGUCAAAUACAAGAACUACUCUUAUCUCCACUGCGAAUGGGCCACCAUCGCCCAACUGGAGAAGGACAAGAGGAUCCACCAGAAACUCAAGCGGUUCAAGACCAAAAUGACCCAGAUGCGUCAUUUCUUCCACGAGGAUGAAGAACCUUUCAACCCCGACUACGUGGAGGUGGAUCGGAUAUUGGACGAGUCCCACAGCGUGGACAAAGACAACGGCGAGCCCGUGGUCUACUACUUGGUCAAGUGGUGUUCGUUACCGUACGAAGACAGCACGUGGGAGCUCAAAGAAGACGUGGACGAGGCCAAAAUCGCCGACUUCAAACGCAUCCAAGCCCGUCACCCGGAGCUCAAACGUUUGCCCAGGCCUCAAGCGGGUUCGUGGAAGAAGCUGGAGCUGUCGCACGAGUACAAGAACGGGAACCAGCUCCGCGAGUACCAGUUGGAAGGGGUCAACUGGCUGCUCUUCAACUGGUACAACAG